UCGGUUGAAAUGGUAGUUGUGUGCUUGUGUUCUGGCAGAAAAGGCAAUAUGGCCGUCAACUGAUCGCCUACCUCGCACUUCGCGUUAUAGCCCAGAAGACAAAGAAACAACGCAGUAAUUCAACGUAACUCGGGCGAUUUUCGUUAAUCAACAGUUGAAAACAUAACUCAUUAUUGCUGCUAUUUUAUCAGUGCUCAUUGUCAUUUUGCUGCGUAUCAGAACCUUGAAUUAGUGUAAAUUAAUUCGUUUUUUUUAACUUUAAAAAAUAUAUAAGCGGAGUGAGAGGGGCAAGGUCGAGCCAAGGCAGAUUAACAAUUGAUUAUAAUGCUGGAACUCGAAGUUGUACCCGAAAGAUCCAUCGGUUGUGACCAGUGGGAAUUUAUUUUAGGUAUGCAUUUUUCUCAAUCCGUAUCGAUAAUACAGAGUCAAGUGGGCAUUAUUAGAGGUGUACAAGUACUUUAUAGUGAUACUAAUCCAUUAGAAGUAGACCUAGUAAUAAAUUUACCGUACGAUGGGGUGAGACUUAUAUUCGAUCCAGUAGUUCAGAGGCUCAAAAUUAUUGAAAUAUACAAUAUGAAACUUGUUAAACUGAAGUACUGUGGUUUGCCAUUCAACUCGCCUGAAGUUUUGCCUUCGAUCGAACAGAUUGAGCAUUCUUUUGGUGCAACUCAUCCAGGCGUUUAUGAUGGUGAUAAACAGGUGUUUGUGCUCAAUUUUCGAGGAUUGUCAUUUUAUUUCCCAAUCGACUCAAAAUUUCAACCUGGAUAUGCACAUGGGCUCGGUUCAUUGCAAUUUCCAAAUGGCACAUCACCACUGGUAGCUAAAACUGCAAUUUAUGUGGGUAGUAUGGCUGCUGGUACCGUGGGGAGUGAAGAGCAUUGUCUCAAAGCACCACCGCCACCAUUACCAUUGGUCUGCUACCACAAUAAUUUAUAUUUAGAAAAAGCUGAGGUUAUCAGGGAUAAAAUGAGAACUCGUGGAUUGAAACUUCAUCUUUUCACCGAGGGGAGUUCAGCAACGCGAGUUUUACUGGAGCCUAAAAAACAUAAUCUCACUAAAGAGGUGUGGUUUGGCGAAAGUUGUGAAGAUGUUCUGAGUGCACUAGGCGCUCCUUCGCGAGUUUUCUUUAAGGCUGAAGAUAAAAUGAGGAUUCACAGCCCUCAUGCACACAAAAGAGACAAAACGAGACGUUCUGAUUUCUUCUAUAAUUACUUUACGCUCGGAAUCGAUCUUCUUUUUGAUGCAAAAACUCAGUGUGUCAAGAAAUUCGUGCUUCAUACCAAUUAUCCAGGGCAUUACAAUUUCAAUAUGUAUCAUCGUUGUGAGUUUACUCUGACUCUACCUCCCGAAAAUAGUCAAGCUGAUUCUGGUAAACUCAUCGAUGUCAGCCCCUCGCCAAUCACGAUCACUGCCUACACAAAAUGGGACAAAGUCAGCGAGCAACUGAAAGCAAGUUCUCGCCCUGUAGUUUUGAAUCGUGCGUCCUCCACAAAUACAACAAAUCCAUUUGGUUGCACCUUCUGUUAUGGGAUACGUGAUGCCAUCGUCGAAGUUAUGGCUAAUCAGCACAUUGCUAGUGUAACCCUGUACAUGUCGGCGUGACCCUGGUAAAUCGCUGCAUUUUUUAAACGUAAAAAUAGUGUCCCUUUGUACUCCAAAGGAUGAGGAAAAAAUAAAAAAAAAACAUAAAAUACGAAAACGGAAAAAAAUACUGUUAAUCGAAGAUCGAGGCAAAGUAAUCCUGACACUUCGAGAAAUCCUUGAAACGGAUUCUCUAGACGUGGAUGACAAUUCGCUUGCGAUAUGACAGAAUUAUAAUACGUGUGAAGCAAUUUUAUUUAUAAACGUUCCGUAUGAAAGGUCGCUCGAGGCAUAUGAAUUUCAUUUUUCAAGAUGAAAAUUCAUAGUCAACGAAAAGGACUGUAGAUCACGCUAUGACACAUGAGAUGCGUGAGUGAAUUAUUUUCUAUGCAUGGGCCUUUUGAAAAAUGAUAAAAACUAUAAAAAUGAUAAAAUUGACAAAAAAAAUGUAAGAAUUAAAGGGAUUUAACGUAAACGUUAAUAGAUAGUAAAGGGCAAUGAUCAUGAUAACUUUAAAAUGAUAUUAAUAUUGAGGACAAAAUUGUCAUGCGAUAGUUUUUCAUAAUUCUCAUCAAACUAACACGCCGAAUAGACAUUUUAACGAAACGAAAGAUAAUUUAUGAAAAUUCAUCGUUAGAAUUUUUGUGCUAGAACCUGUUCAUCAACGCAUCGUGUUAUUUUUUCAUUUUUUUUAAUUAGAUGAUUUUAAACCGUUGACUCUGGCUGACGUUUAGAAUUGAAUUUUUUCUUCGUAAGACAAUAAAUUCCAUAUCUUUGUGAGAUAUGAAUCGGAGAAUAAAAUAUGAAGCUAGUGAGGGAUUUUUUGUUCUUCAAAAAAAUUGUGGUGAUUGUCAAAUUCUUGGCACUUGUCAAUAGCUUCGGAAAGAAGAGUAAAUUAAUGUGUACAUAUCUCGAAAUAUACAUAUUUAAUAAGUCGUUUCAUCGUUGCGUUUAUGUGCAAUGCAGAAAAAUACAAAAUUGUAAAUAAAUUUGAGUAAUGGUGAAAGUCGGUGACACAUUUUUUCGGUUACUUCAAUGAAAUUCUAAUGGUCUUUAAAAUAUUUUAUCCUUUCAUUUCUUUUCAACUCUCAAAUCAAAAUAGACAGAAUUAUUUCGUAGGGUGGGAGUAGUAAAACUUGGAAUAAUUGUAUAUAUAAACGUUUAAAGACAACCAUUGUGAUUCGCAUUAAUUCUUUGGCAUCAUUAGUCGGCUAAAAGAAAGCAUCUCCUGUAAAUAUUUUUUAUUUCCUCAUGGAAAAAUAAAACGAGAGAAAUGAAAAAGCAACUCAAUAUGUUUUCUUUGACAUAAAAAAUUACUAAAUUGAAGUUCACAUAAAAAUAACCAACGAAGACCAAUUUUCUAAUGACAAGUUUUCGGAAAAUAACUUUUCCUUAUUUUUUUUCCGUUCAUUCUAAAUGCAAAAAAGUAAUUAGAAUGGUUUCUAAAAACUCUUCCCUUGCAUCACUAAUUGCAUAGAAUUCAAUUGAAUUAUUUCUUCAACGAAGAAAAAUGCCUAUGAUAAUCAUGCACUGCAACACGCACUCACAUAUUUAAUUUCCUAAUAUUUGAUAUGCAAAUUAGAUGAAAAUAGCUGAGAAUUUAAAACCAUCGCAGUUGAAUAAGCGUGAAUUUGACGUUUUAUUAGUAUCGUUUAUCGAUUGGAUUGCACCUUUUUUUCUAUAUUUUACAAAGAGAAAUUUAUUCAUCAUUUCGAUCUUACAUUUAUCUUAUUAGGUGCGUCUGUGCAGAUUAAUCUCCCAGUGAUUAAGUAAUUCUUAUGAAUAAGAAUCAAAGAAAAUUUAGUUAUGAAAGUAUAAUUUAAUGAAGGAUAGCAGUUGUAACACCUUAAUGCGCGUCAACAAAAAAAAAUAGAUUAAUAAUUCAAUCCAAUUUUGGAAAAUGGAGUUCACCUAUAAUCUUUAAUCGUCGUAGAUAUAAUUUUUUAAUGUAUAUGCAAGUAUAGCAAUACUAUUUAAUCUUACGCAUUGUGAA